AUGACCAAUUCCAGAACCCUCAGUCAGCUUCCGUCCGAGCUUCUCCUCGAAAUCGCCGAGUGCCUGGAGCCUCACGACCUCUUGUCUUUCAUGAUAGUGUUUCCCAGCCUUGCAUACAUUAUGCCGAGACGGCUAGUGGCCAACGAAGAUAGGAUCGGCGCUCUCUUGCACUACAUGGCUAACGACCACGGUAGCGCCGAGAUUUGCAGGCGAUUGAUUCCCCGGAUGGAAAUCGACGUCAACGCCACGCCUCGAUACACAGACAGUUAUUUGGAGAGUGCGAUUCUGAACCAACACGACGUGAUGGUCGAUGCGCUGCUCGCAAGACCAGAUAUCAAAAUCAAUGGCUACAAAGCCGACCGCAGCGUAUUUCUGAAAAAGCUUCUAGCGAGGAACGAUAUCAAAGUCAAUGCGCACAAGAGGAGAGACAUGACCGUGUUGGCGCAUGCUACAAUGCAUGGGUAUACGGAGGCGGUGAGACUGCUCUUGGAGGCACCUGGAAUCGUGAUCGAGCCCGAGGGAAGUACUUUUGCUACUCCGCUGACUCUUGCAGCUGAUGCAGGUUACUAUGAUAUUGUGAAGCUACUUCUGCCCCUGGCACAUCACACUGACGCCACAGGAGCCCCGUUGGUUGACGUCAACGCCCAAAGCUGGCGCGGCAAGACGGCUCUCAUACGGGCGACCCUGAAUCGACACACCAACGUGGUGCAAUUGCUAAUGAAACAUGACCAACUCCACGUGAACGCCAGGGACGACAACGGCCGGUCCGCUCUCUCGUACGCGGCGGAGGUGGGGCACCUCGCGAUCAUGAGGAGGCUUCUGGCCCGACCCGAUAUUAACAUGAAUGAACGGGAUAUCCAUCGUCGGACGCCGCUAUCAUAUGCCGCCUCCGGGGGAUUCUUCGCGGCUUGUAAGAUGCUGGUCGAGCACCCCGAUACUGAACCCCACGCAGUGGACGCCACGCAGCGGACACCCCUCACGCAUUCCGUCCUGUCCGGGAGCGUGAAGGUUUUUCGCCUACUUCUGAGCCAAUGCACGGAACGCGAGGAGGAUCUGAAGGAUCAUACGGGGCGUGGCGCCUGGCAUUAUGCUAACGCUAUGAAGCGAACCAAAUUGAUGAAAAUCUUCAUGGCCUUUAAAUCGGAUAAAUACUUCGGACGCUACACCGGCGAGAUUGAAGACUUUGACAGCGAAGACAGCGAAGAGAUCGAAGACAUCGAUGAUGGCGAUGACGGUCAUGACAGCGAUGUGAUGGAUGAGGGCGAGGACUAG